AUGUAUAUCGAAGCUGACGUGAUAGCUUACCGAACCCACACCGAGACUCCGAUUACGGCAAGUCCAACGGAGGCGCCGAUAGGAGAUUCCAAUGAAAUUUUUCCGCCAGGAUUGACCUCCGCAGAGCUUUCAGGAACUGAAAGUUUGUUCGUGAUAAGCUUCAACCGGACCUGCUAUUGUACAGCUGGCGCUGGUGCUUCGGAGUUGUCGUUUCCGCCGGCGUUGUGCGGACAAGACUUUGAAACCGCGGCGUUCGAUCAACGGUGCAACGUAACGAGUCUUCUCGACGAAAGUACGCGGGAAUUCUUCGGCGAGAGCACAACAACUUGCCAGUGGUCCAAUGGCAGCAAAGAAGCAGUGGUCAGCUUCAAUGAAUCCUCUGUUGUCAUGUGGGACCCGGCACCGAAUAUUACGCUGGCCGGCGGGCGGCACCGGAACUCUCAGAGAGAACUCACGGUAUUGCUUGGGUCGGAUGCAUCGGUCGUGGCAGAAAGUAGUGCCGCGACUACCACAAUGGUUUCGACGUCCUCUUGCACGACGGAAGAGAGUUGCAUUGUCCUCAAGGAUGGAGGGGUGCGUGCGGAGGCGUUUGCCAUACUCUCGUCUGAGGGAUCAGUCCCUGUUUUGCCCCCUGACAAUCCGACCAAGGCUUUGGCCGUCCUGGUCGCGCCUCAGUGGGUGGGGCUCUGCGGCGAGUUUUCGCUCGACGGGCGUAUGUCUUCCGGAGCUGCGUCAAGGUCGCUUUCUGCCGUCUGGAACGUUUCGACUACACUUGCCAGCGACAGUGCUGCCGUGGCGGCUGUGGCAGGAGCUCUUGAACCGUUUCAGGGAUCCCUGUAUGCAACCGUAAACUCAACCUCGCUCGAGCCUCUGGUGGAAUUCGAAGUCUCGCUCAUAGUGGAGAACUUCCUGGGUUCUGUCGACGCGGCGGCAGUCACCGUCACCAGAGUGUGA